GAAAAUGACGGAGGAACAAUUGCCACAAGAAGUAACUAAGCAUAGUUUUCGGCAAAAAGUAUGGGAUUAUUUGAUGAAGAAUGAAUUAGUAAACUUUCCUCUCCCUGUGUAUGAUCGUAUACCAAACUUCAAAGGUGCUGCUGAGGCAGCAUUGCGUUUGGCAGAAUUAGAAGAGUUCAAAAAUGCAAAAAUUAUAAAGAUAAACCCAGAUAAACAGCAAGAACCUGUAAGAUUCUUAGCAUUAGAAGCUAAUAAGGAAAUAUUAGUUCCAAUUCCCAGAUUAAGAUCUGGUUUAUUUCUUCAUGUCACACCAGUUGCUGGUGCUUCAAAAAAUGAAUUGACAACAUUGUCAAAGAUUCAUGGCUUGAUGGAAGCUGGUAAACCACUUGGUGUGGACUCUAAGAUAAAGAUAGAUCUUGUGAUUAUGGGAUCUGUAUGUGUCAGUCGUGAUGGAUACAGGCUUGGUAAAGGUAAAGGAUUUGCUGAUUUGGAAUUUGCCAUGAUGAUGAGAAUGGGUGCAGUUACACAAGAUACUGUAGUAAUGACAACUGUGCAUGACUGUCAAGUGCUUGACAGCCUUCCACCCGAAAUAUUCAAAGAAUAUGAUGUACCUGUUGACAUAAUUGUUACACCUACUCAAACAAUAGUAGUAAAUCCAAAGUUAAAGAAACCUAGUGGUAUUAUAUGGCAUAUGCUUAGUGAAAGGAGAAUCAAAACCAUGCAGGUACUGCAGCAGCUAAAAGAAAUGGAUGAGAAAGAAGGCAAGAUAGUAACUUUGAAAGAAGAGGACUCAGAUGUAGAAAUACAAAAACCGUACAGAAAUCGUUCUAAUUAUGUAAAAAGUAAGAAACAUUUUAAAACUAGGAAAGAUGUUUCUGGCAUUAAUGACGCCAAUGAAGAAGGAGAGAAACAGCCGAUAAAAACGCGUUUUCCUAAAAGGCGUACAAACAAUAAGGUGAAAUCAGGGAACGACAAUAAUGUAUUUUCUGACGAAGUGGAGGAAAAAGUGGAAAACAAUGAUAAAAGUAUGCAGCAACGUCGUAAAAAUCUGAGGCAGAAAUCCAAGACUCAGGUAAACUUUUCUCUAAAAUUAUCAAAUAUUCCAUCUGGUGCAAGAAUACGCGAUUUGAAAAAUGCUUUAUCGGAACGUGGAGUUAAACCAAAUGAGAUAACAUGGUUAGGUUAUCGUGGUAUCUGUUACCUCCACUUUAAUAAACUUAGAAGAAAUAAUAGCUCGCCGGAACAACCGAUACAGGUUGAUUCAAUAAUGGCAAAUUUACAAGAGCUGCGUAUCGGUGACUCUACUGAAAAUAUGAAUUGUUUCAUAGUAGUAGAACCCGCUAAACCGAUAUCUAGAAUCGAAGUCACAGACGUGACUUCCGUUUAG